GUUGCUGUUUUUGACUCCUGUUUGAACAUGUGUUUAUAACACUUUUGUUUAGAAACGUUAAAAAAAAAAAAAAAAAAAAAAAAAAAAAAAUGUAUGUUAGCGUGUUUUCCGAAGAAGACAGUGUACUCUUGGUUGGAGAAGGAAACUUUUCUUUCACUGUUGAUUUAGUGGAUUUACUUCGGCUGAACAUUACUGCUACUUGUUUGGAGUCGGACCCGUUAUCUGAAAUUACCCAAAGUAACGCUGAAAAACUACGCGAACGAGGUGUGCAAGUGUGCGUGGGCGUGGAUGGCACGAAACUUUCGGAGCACCCAGUCUUCGGGCAGAAAAGGUUCGACAAAGUGGUGUUCAACUUCCCGCACGUCGGGGGCAAGAUGCAACUGGGGCGGAACAGGGAGUUGCUGCGACAGUUCCUGUGCAGUGCGGCGGGCAUGCUGCGGGAGGGGGGGAGAGUGGUGGUGAGUCUGUGUCGUGGGCAGGGCGGCACUCCUGCCGACCAACCCCGCGCCUGGGGCGACACCUGGCAGGCUGUCGAGAUGGCUGCCCAUGCCGACCUCGUGUUAGAUGACGUCCAUCCCUUCUGGAAAGCGGCGUUCCCGCACUACACCUGCGUUGGUUACCGCAGCCGUGACUCUGCCUUCCAACUGGACGGGGCACUGGUGCACGUGUUCCGGCCAGCCGGCCCCCUGCUCCCCUUGUCCCCUGCCACCCUUCCCACCCCUGCCUGCAACUAUCUCCUCCCGUUCCUACACGCCUUCCUGCGCUCCCGCUACCACGUCAGGCCGGUCCAGCUGCCUCCACGCGUGGUAGGAGAGCUGCUGUCCCACUACUGUGCACUGAUCCCGCCCCAGGGUGCUCUCGACACCCAGGUGGGGGUGGCACACACACUGGUGCUCCCAACCUCUCCACCGAACCUCUCGGCCCCGCCUGCGGCUGUGCAGGCACUGCUCGUGGGAGGGCAUGCGGGGCUGGGCGCAGACUUUGUCCGACACAUCCUGGAGAUGUUCCACCGACAACACACUUUCUCCGUGUUGGUUGAGACGGGCCUCAGAACAGUAGAGGGGAAGAGCGACGUGCUCUUGGCGAGCAAGGACGAGGUUGGCUCCAGGAGACUGAUGUGUGAGGAGGACCUCAGAACAGUAGAGGGGAAGAGCGACGUGCUCUUGGCGAGCAAGGACGAGGUUGGCUCCAGGAGACUGAUGUGUGAGGAGGACCUCAGAACAGUAGAGGGAAAGAGCGACGUGCUCUUGGCGAGCAAGGACGAGGUUGGCUCCAGGAGACUGAUGUGUGAGGAGGACCUCAGAACAGUAGAGGGGAAGAGUGACGUGCUCUUGGCAAGCAAGGACGAGGUUGGCUCCAGGAGACUGAUGUGUGAGGAGGACCUCAGAACAGUAGAGGGGAAGAGCGACGUGCUCUUGGCGAGCAAGGACGAGGUUGGCUCCAGGAGACUGAUGUGUGAGGAGGACCUCAGAACAGUAGAGGGGAAGAGCGACGUGCUCUUGGCGAGCAAGGACGAGGUUGGCUCCAGGAGACUGAUGUGUGAGGAGGACCUCAGAACAGUAGAGGGGAAGAGCGACGUGCUCUUGGCGAGCAAGGACGAGGUUGGCUCCAGGAGACUGAUGUGUGAGGAGGACCUCAGAACAGUAGAGGGGAAGAGUGACGUGCUCUUGGCGAGCAAGGACGAGGUUGGCUCCAGGAGACUGAUGUGUGAGGAGGACCUCAGAACAGUAGAGGGGAAGAGCGACGUGCUCUUGGCGAGCAAGGACGAGGUUGGCUCCAGGAGACUGAUGUGUGAGGAGGACCUCAGAACAGUAGAGGGGAAGAGCGACGUGCUCUUGGCGAGCAAGGACAAGGUUGGCUCCAGGAGACUGAUGUGUGAGGAGGACCUCAGAACAGUAGAGGGGAAGAGCGACGUGCUCUUGGCGAGCAAGGACGAGGUUGGCUCCAGGAGACUGAUGUGUGAGGAGGACCUCAGAACAGUAGAGGGGAAGAGCGACGUGCUCUUGGCGAGCAAGGACGAGGUUGGCUCCAGGAGACUGAUGUGUGAGGAGGACCUCAGAACAGUAGAGGGGAAGAGCGACGUGCUCUUGGCGAGCAAGGACGAGGUUGGCUCCAGGAGACUGAUGUGUGAGGAGGACCUCAGAACAGUAGAGGGGAAGAGCGACGUGCUCUUGGCGAGCAAGGACGAGGUUGGCUCCAGGAGACUGAUGUGUGAGGAGGACCUCAGAACAGUAGAGGGGAAGAGCAACGUGCUCUUGGCGAGCAAGGACGAGGAUGGCUCCAGGAGUCUGGUGUGUGAGGAGUAUGUGCUGGGGGGCAGGUUACUCGUCAGUGUGCUGCAUCUGGACAGACUGGCAGGAGUGGUGCUGGGUGCUGCAGACUGGAGGGAGCUGUGGGCAGAGGGAGCGAGAGUGGAGGUGAAGGAUGGGGUACCCAGCCUGAAACUUGCAUGCUUGCACUCAGUGCCCCAUGUUUUGGACGUGACGUUCCGUGUGCCGUGUGUUUGGUUGGAGGAGAAAUUUUGGGCUGCGCUCUGGGAUCUUGCAGGGAGCGUCAUCUCGGGAGUCUCCCUCUUGAACACAUAUCAGUCUCCCGAAGGCUGGACCAGCCACUGCUACAGGAUCACCUACCACUCCUUCUCCAAGGCUAUGUCACGCAACAAAGCCAUUAUGGUCCACCACAUCAUCUGCAAAGGACUUGUUGACAAAUUGGGGGUUGCAAUUUUUUAAUGCUAUACUUGUAUGCUGUAGCACUAUUUUCUAAGAUGCUGCAAAACUUGCAAGUUUUUUUACAUAUUACUCUAUGACCUAAAUAAUAACACUUUCAAUAAAAUUUUCCAGAAUUUUUAUAAAAGUAAAAUUAUUACUGUACUGCAUCUGAGUACAGAUAAUGUCAGACCAUGAAUAAGUUGUGUUGUGUAUGACUGGAGUCUUACGAACAGCUGACUGUUGAAGCUGUGUGCACCAUAAUGAGUUUUCCGCAGUGUUUUCAACUUUUACACUAGUAUGCACCAAGGACUCACCCUAGUCAAAAGAUUAGGACAAUUUGAUCAGGAAAAUAUAAAAUAUGCAGUCAUGAAAGUUUUUACAAUGUGUGUCAUCGGCUGUUUGCUUGGGCACUUGGGUCAUGCACAAUUUUUAUUUAUUCUUUAUGCACAUUGUCUCAUAGAAAGAAAUUCUUAUUUAUUAAAAGUCAUCACAGACAAGCAUUUAUUUUCAGAUGUGACCUAUUUUGCAGAGUCAUGAACACCCUUUUGUUCAUUUUUACACAGAAUUCUACCCACGUGUGUACUUGUUAGUUUUAAUUUUAAUCAUUACAACCUUAGUUUAUAAAUUAUUACUGUUUCAUUAUGAAAUGACAGAUUUUCCUGAAAAUAAUAAAAACACAUCUUCAUCGUACUCCAAUGUUAUAUCAAGUUUUGGUAAAAGUUUUUCUGUAAUUUUUAAAUACUUUAUUGCUGUACCUACAUAGCUCACUCUCAUUUUACUUAGAACAUGACAGUCUAUUAAAUAGUAUCUAGCUGUUUUAAAUCUGGUGUCAGCCUCUUGUAAACAUUAAUUUUGUGCACCCUAGUUGGUAAAUGAAAUAUCUUUAUAUGGUUUUGUAUUUGGGGCUUGAAUCUACUUACUAAAAAUAAAUUGUUUUACUAAACUUUUCUAAGAAUGUAACUUUUGUAACUGUGGUAGAGGUGUAAAAGUAACGAAAAAAUGUGUACCCGUAUGUAUUCGUUACUAAAACAAUUAGUACUCGUUACUUUCGUAUCGUUACUCGUUACUUCUGAUACCGCAUGACAUGGCACAUGAUAUGUUAUGUAACAGCAUCGAAUCGAGUCGUAUUUCGUACGCGUACAGUAUGACGUCGCGUAAAUAAAAAUAAAUCGAAUAUAAACAAUUAAAAAUAUUUGAUAAUUAACAGCUUUUGUUAACCAAGAAACAAUUAACUCUCAUUAGAGCGGCUUUAUUAUAAUAUAUCUUUUAAGAUAAGAACAUAAAACGUGAAAAUACGCGAUUAUAAAAAACAAAAACAUAGAUAUUUAUAAUUUGUAAAAAAUACUUUCUUACGUUGUUUCUGUUCGAAUCUAAAACUUUGUCUACACACACAAUACCUUUAAUAAACAGUAAAAAACUUGGACGACGAAUUUCCAAAUUAUACUUUUAUUAAUAAACAAACAUCGUUCUUUGUAACGAAUACGCGCGCGCAUGCGUGAAACAUACGAAAGAUGCGAGUAACGAAAUGCAUUCGUGUGUAACGUUUCGUUACUCGUUACUAGAUGCCGCACCCGUUACUCAGUAACGAAUACAUACGGUUUGCUACAGCUCUAAACUGUGGUAAUUGCAAUACAUUUAUACUGGGCCAAUAUUCCAUGGAACUAAGGGACCCGUCCGACUCUCCUACUUUGGGAAGGGAUAAAAUGCCUUUUUAAUUAUGUGCAGAAUUCUUUAUUGGAAUACAUAAUUUAAGUAUCAUUUUUAAAUUUCAAACAAUCACACUAAAUUUAUGAGGCAACAUUCUUCACUCCACUGUUUAAUUUCUCUAUCCAUUAUUUGCUGUCCGCUUUGUUGUGCGCUGAGAAUCGGAGCCUGACUAUCUUGGUAUUUUCUGCUCAUGCCCGAAGCCAGCACAGCAGGACUGGGGAACCAACCUAUGCUCUGCUGCUCUCGUGCUAACAAUAAAUGUGUGCAUAUUAUGAAUUAAGCUUUGGUUAAAGAAUGGUGUGUUGUAAAAAAACGUGAUGGUUUUAAGGUCUUUAAGAUCCUCAACAUGCAAAAUAGAUGUUUCAAAUGGAGUGAAAAAUAUAAAAUUGUCCCUCAGCAAGCCUAGGCCAUGCAAGGAACAGAGUUCAUUAUAUAAUUAUAGAAUAAAAAAGUUUGAAGCACAUAAUUGCACUAUUUGUAAACAUAAUUUUUACCUGUUAUUCCUAUAAUGUAAUUUUUUUAAUUAAUUUUUGAAGUGAUUUUACAGAUUGUGGGUUUUUCCUUGAUAUUUUUAUGCAUUGUGGCAUAUUUCUAUGCUAGUUUCUUGCAUUUGUCCCUAUACUCUGUAGCAUGAACAUCCCACAAUAUUGGUUUCGCUUAAUUAUCACAAGUUCCUCUAGAUCAGGGUUUCCCAAUCUUUUUAAGUCCGUGGCGCACAUACAUGUUUACUAUUAUGUCUCGGCGCCCUAACCUAUUUGGCUCGUCGAAAUAGAUGGGUACAAUGAUACUAGUUAGGUAGAUAAGCACAAAAAUUAAAAUAUCCACAUUAUGAAUCUGAACUGUAUAUUUAUAUUUAUAAGAAUAUAAAAUUAACACAAAAACAUUCAAGAGAGACUUAAGAACAACAAAAAUAAAAUACAAUAGCUACCUAGCUAGUCAAUGUGAUGGGUGAGCUUGGUGAUCUUCGCACAUUUUUUCAAAACGUGGAAUAAGGUUUGACACUGCUACUCGCAUUUAUUGCUCCACAUUGAUCUUUGAGCGAUAUUUUCUCUUGAUUACAGCUACAGCUGAAAAUCCAGUUUCGCACAAAUAAGAUGUUGCAAAAGGAAUGAAAAUUCUUAUAGCUUGUGAAGCUAAAGUGGGAUAUUCAUAUUGAACCGAUAUCCAAAACUCGACCAAAUCGGAACAUGUGAAUCUAGUUCUAAGGCUGCUGUCGCAAGAGAGUUCAAUGAGACUUUCUUCUUCUUCCGAUGUAAAUUCUGGCGGAGCUUGUGCAUGGAAUGGGUCUUGGAUCCACGAAUAUUUAUCGACAUCGUCUUCGGCAAAGUAUUUUGAAAACCAUUCAAUGAGCUUCGAAAGGUGUUUCGUGAAAAGGGUCAUCAGGUCUUGUGAGACAACAAGCUCAUUUGAUGUCACAUAUUCAUACAACUGCGGGAAACAAUCUUGACCGCGAUUUUCAUUCAUUUUUUUAAUCCAAAACUGCAGUUUUUUCUUAAACGCAGCAAUAUUCUCCAGUAGUUUCAGAAUGUGCAUGUUGUUGCCUUGCGAAGACAGAUUCAGUUUGUUAAGUUUUUCAAAUAUGUCGCACAAAUAUGCUAGUUUUAGCAAAAAAUCUGGUUCAGCAAAGUAUCUGGAGUUUGCAUGAUGCUCUUGUUGUAAAAAACUGUGAAUUUCUUCAUGUAAUUUGAACACACAAAUUAAGACUUUUCCACGGGAAAGCCAUCGUGAAUUGCAGUAAUAUAUCAGUGCUGUAUUUUCAGCUCCCAUAUCUAUGCAUAGUUUUUUGAAAAGUCUGGCUUUUAGUGGUCUAGUUUUAAUGAAGUUUACAGUACCAAUGACAUGUUCUAAUACUUGGUUUAAUUCAGAACUCAUCGACUUUGACGCAAGCGCUUCUCUAUGGAUGAUGCAAUGGGUCCACACAGCAUGCGAGGCUUUUUUGCAAAUAAGCGCUUGUAAUCCUCCGUACCUGCCAGACAUUGAUCGAGCACCAUCUGUACAUACACCAAUACAUUUUUCCCAGUUGAAACCAUUUUCUGUAAUAAACUUGUCAAGAAUUUCAAACAAGUCAUGAGCCUUUGCACUUUCGGUAAUGUUUUUGCAGAAUAAGAGUUCUUCGACAAUAAUAUUGUCAGCCACAAAGCGUACGUAACAAAUCAGAUGUGCAUCAUUACUGUCGGUAGCCUCGUCAAGUUGCAGACCAAAUUCCUUCCCUUUCAUUUUUACUAUUAAUUGGCGAUUUAGAUCCUCAGCUAUGUCAUGGAUUCUUCGACUGAUAGUGUUGUUAGAUAAGGGUACCUUAGAAAUUAAUUUUCCCGCCGAUUCUCCCACCAUAAUAUUCACCAUGUCGAGAGCAGCCGGUAUAGAACAAGCUCUUCUGCAAUAGUAUGAGGUUUUUUGCAUUUCGCCAUCCUGUAUGCUACCUUGAAGGAUGCUAACAGCGCGUUGUUAGGUACUGAGACUUGUUGAGUAAACACAUUUUGUGUAUUUUGUAAUUUCCUAUUAAAAAAAUCACGCGAUUUUUCACCAUAGCCGGGUGAAUGGUUUCGAGAUUUCGCUUUAACUUACUUGGAAACAUACUUUCAGUUGAUAAAAUUUUCAAACAGAGCACACACUGCGUUCUUUCUUCAUUGUUUACUUCUGUUGACGUAAAGUCGAAGUCCAAAUAGCUAUCAUCAUAUUUGCGAUAUUUCCGUUUUUUUACUUCCCCACCACUGGUAGAUGCAUUAUCAGUGUCCCUUGUACUACCGACUUGUUUAUUAAAUACAAAUUGAUCCAUUUUGACAAAACAAAAGACUUAUGACGAAAACAAAACGAAACGACACAAUCAAAACAAAACGGGAGAUGAUGUCUCGCUGCUCGCUUGUAACUAAACAAAUGGCCAUCGCGGGUGGUUCGCGGCGGGGGAGGAGAGUACUACACGCCCAAGCAACUGUGGUCCUGUGGAGGGGAAUUACGGGAGCGCCAGUGUCGCCGUGAGAGAGGGGUGGUGAAUGAGGAGGGGUUGGCAGUAGGGGGAUACCGUUUGCUGCGGAAGCAAGGGGUAUACACGUACGUUCAUUAGUGUACGCAACAUGUAAGCAAGAGUAUAUGGAUGAAAGGAAGACCAUGUAGCGCAGUCGUGCAGUACGUAAGAAAUGUUGUGAUAAACUAAAGGUAUAUUUGUAUGAAACAGCGAAACAAGGUGUCUAUGGAGAUGUCAGAAUGUGUACCAAACAGUUGUCACAGCAUCACACUGUACCGAUUGCAUUAUACAGUAAACUCCCGGUAUACCGCGCCUCGAUAGAUCGCGGAAUCGGGUAUAUCGCGGGUCAAACCAUGUCCCCCAAUCAGAAAUGAAUAAUAAUAAUAAUAAUAACAGUAGAACCUCGUUAAUUCGUGAUGGUCGGGACCGAGAUAAUCACGGAUUACAGAAUUUCACGGACUAGGGAUUAAAAGCCAGGAAGGUCUUGUCAAGCUUCUCAGACACCGGCGUGCAGCUGGGUUAAGGCCAAGGUCAUGUGACGUAACAUCUACCGAGGCUUACUGCGCCUUGGCAGCAGAUGGAUAAAAAAUAGUAAACUCUCCAUUAUUCGUGUUAAUUGGGACCCGCCGAUGCCCGGAUAAUUAAAAUCCUGUAAAAAAAAAAGUAAUAAACCCGGAUAAUCCGUUCACGGUAAGGGCCGUCUUCGAAUUAGUCUCGGCUUAAAAAAAUACGGCACUGCCUAGCCAUUAGUUCACGGUCAUUUACAACAGCCGAAGAGAGAAAGAUAAGAUCGUGCUGAACUUGCACACAUAAAUUUUGGGUAGCCCCCCCCCCCCCCCCCCCCUUCCCACUCAUCCCACUUCGUCCAGCCGAAUGCCAGCCAGACACGUCACUCGCCAGGCGCCUGCCGUGCGUUGGCGGGUGGAAACAAAGGGAGACGGGAAGCAGACAUCAGGACAUCCCCCUCAAGUUUAAAUAGUGACAAAUGUGACAGCUGAAAGGGGGACGACACAAAGGGUCGGUACAAACAGCGUUGCAGAGUUUGGCGGCCCACGCGAUGGCUUGCAGUGGUUGCCGGCCGCCGGCCCGCGUGACGUUAAUUUCAAGCGCUGACAAUUUUUACUUCUCUUUUUUUUUUCUGCACUUUUUAAUCGUCCCGGAUUAUCCGAUUCCCGAAUUAGCGCGUCACGGAUUAACGAGGUUCUACAGUAAUAAUAAUGGAAUAAAUGGUUGACAGCCGAUUAGGAUAAUUUUGCGUUGUAACUCACAAACUAAGCAUCGGGCAGAAAAAAGCCUAGGCGUAGAAAAUGUCCGCAGUGAAAUUCUAAACAAGAUAUCUCCGUACAUUAUUCCUCUAUCUUGUAGUGUUUUCACAUUAUGGUCCAAUCCAGCCCAGUGUUAUUUUCUGAAACACUAGUUCUUAACAUUUUUUUUAACCCACAAAUAAAGCAUCGGACAGGGGACCCGAUAAAGCCCACUGUCCAGCGACAUUAUCCAGCGUGACUCGGCUGGGGAUUGAUUUUGGAUAGGUUUGGUUGACGGCAAGCGCUGGGAGGGGAGAGGCGAGCAGAGAAUAUGCGACCAAGACACCCGGGUAGACGGGAGGAGUGGAAUAUAAGCGCCAGUGAUGAGAGGGGCGAUUAAGCCAAAAGGGGGGAAGUCUGGUGACCUUGAGUAGUUCACUCAUUUCCGUCGGCACACUUCUCGUGUUCACGUGUGUUGACAUAUAAAUGUUUUGUUAUAACUUGAACCUACAGACGUAAUAUUAUUCGUUGUAUUAUACACGUUCAUCUUUUUACUUUGGUAUAAUGUUUUAACAUUAAAUAGUAAAGUAAAUCAGCUAGCGUAUUUUUUAACUUUGCCGAGGAAUUCCCAGUGGUCCAAUACUUAUGUGAACCAUACUGUACCACUUUUACCGUGAGGUAGUAAACAAGCCCCGGAUAUGUUUAUGUGUAGCGGCCUCCCGACCUUUAACCAGAGGCUGGGGAAUAUAACACUUGCCGAUCCGAGCCACACACACUCAGCAACUCGACACAGCGUUUGAUGGAAUAAGUAAAAAAAAUGUUUAACAGACUUUUUAAUACGGCACCACUGAUUGCGCUAAAAUUAUUUUGGCGCAAUUUUUGUAUCCCACAUGUGACCAUUUAUAAUUUAAUGUAAGCAUGGAUAACAAAGUUUAACCACUUUACACGAUAGACGAUUCUUUAUUUUAUAUUGUACGAAUGCUAGAAUAGUUUUUCACGUAUCUGCUGCAUACUUCUGCAAAAGACACGCUAUUUGUAAGUACGUAAAUCUAGAAUUUUUAUUUUGUCAAUCAAACUCGGUACUUUGCGAUUCAUAUUCGGUUUGAAGUAUUACUAUGGCCUUUCUAUUUAGAAGACUUUGAACACAGAAUCGUGUGUAACCGCACACACUGCACUUACUUUGUUACGGACACUCAGACGAAGCAGAUACUGUGGCUGACACCACGAGACUGGCAGCAGCUUGUGUGCCGCACGUGUGUAUGGCGGCGUGUGGCGCGCUCGUAGGCCGUGCGACAAACUGUGCGCGGCAUGCGGAAAAAUAAAAAAUAAAAUUCAACAUUUCAUAUUUAUCUUUAAAAUUUAUUAUUUUAAUUUUUUCACCCGCGUUUAGUGAAAACUGCGGAUGCAAAGUCCGCACAAAGGCGGGCCGUCUAUACUGUGCGUGCUUGCCGACCUAUUAGAACACAGGCGGUGUUUUAUGCCUUUUGACCUUGGUCACAUCGAAACAUCGCGGUUAUGCAACAACGCGGGUAAAAGUUAUGUCCCCCGACAACCGCGUUAAAUAGGGAGUGUACUGUAAUAAUUAUUAUAUUUCACUCAGCACCAAACUGAAUGUCUAUGUAGGUAUACAUUCGCCUAUAAUCAAAGAAAUUUUUUUUUGCGAUAAAUUGAUGUAGCAUAUGCAAGAAACGUUUCAGAACAAUUUUUUGCUAAGUGCAUCUAACAAACUCUCACUCAGCCACUUAGUUCUUUAACUCCUGACAUGUUACAAUUGCUAAUCACUUGCCUGCACUGGCUAUAUAUAGUUUUGUGAUUCGUUGAACUGCCCGAUGCCAUUUGUCAAUACAUGUUCUAUUACAGUCACGCAUGCUUCGAAACCUUGCUCCGCUUUCAAAGGAUCCGUGAAAUACUUGAACACCGAUACGCCCGUGUCCUCGCACUGUGUCGUGACUUAUGGUAACAGCUGUACUUGCCGUCCCACCCGUGACAUGCAUUCCGACCCUUGAGGUUGACUAGGCAAAGGGAGGGGACAGUGUGGCGGAAGGGAUGACGACGGAGGGAGGGGUCCGUCUGACCUUGGGUAGUUCACAUGUUUACCGGGACCAUAGUUGUCUCGGGCUUGUAGUAGAUAAGUAUUGACGAGUGCGCAGGUAAGCGAAGCACUACGCGAGCGCUAGAAAUUAAAUUGUUUAUUUUGUACCCGUGAACACUUCAGUUGAGGUUUCGGAGAAUGGUAAAGAGAAUCGCUUCACGGCGCCCUUCUUAACUUUCUACGGCGCACCAGGGCGCCGCGGCGCACACUUUGGGAACCCCUGCUCUAGAUCAUUUCUUUCUUUGCUAUUGCACUCACAUUUGCUAAGAAUUUGGUUGGCUGACACUCGUCUCAAAAAUUAACAGGCCUUGAACUGAAGAUUAUCAUUGUAUUAGAUACAAGUAUCGCAUAGAUUAUGUGUACACACUUGACACCAACUUGCAAUUAGUUUUUGAGAUAUGGAAUAAAUGUCAUCCACUCAAUAUCAAGAAGCAUUUACACUUAAUGCAGAAGUUCUCUCGGACACGAGGUCAGGUUGGUCAGCGUUUAUACUUUAAACAAAAAAGUUUUGCAAUAUAUAUUGUGGUAUUCACACUUGAAUGCAACAUUAAGGCCCGAAUUCAGAGUUGACCUUCGAAAGCGCAUCCAACUCUCAUUCAUCUGGCAGACUCUCCACCUCUCAUACUUCAAAAACGCCUUUCGAAUGACUGCCAGCUGAAAGCUUGUUCCCAUCCACUUUCAGUGAAGAUCUGGCAACAUGGCACAAAAAUUUUCUUAGAUCAAGUACUUGGAGUGUGUGUGGAAAAGCGCCCUAUUUAAUUUAGAUUGUCUUUUGUUUGCUCUCCCACUGAAAAUAAUAUUUUGUUUGGAUUGGACACGAGGUUAGGGUUACCAGACACUGAUAAUAAAAAAGGACGACAUUCAUCUCGCAAAAGGAGGACAUUUCACUAAAAAGGAGGACAAUAUAUAUAUUUUUUAAAAAAGCCAUGAAUUAAUUACAAUGGAGUACGAUAUUUUACAAUGUUUUUGCAUUUAAUACAGUUUCAGUAUAAAUAAUCAAACAAACUACGCAUAUACAGCAUAUUAAAAACACGUGCUUCUGCAUGUGCUGCUACCUGUCAAGCUGUCAUAGUACUACUUACUAGUGGGAUGACUCUGCGGACAGCGCGCGCUUUGCCCAUUGUGUAACUGCAGGAAUUAUCUCACUUUAUAAAAAAAGCCAGACAUUUUGGAGCAUUAAGGAAAAUCCGGCCGGACGCAAAAAAAUACAUAAAAAGGAGGACAUGUCCUCCUUUUGCCGGACGUCUGGUAACCCUACACGAGGUUGAGAAAUGUUCUUAAGAUGGAUACGUUGUCUAAAAUUAUAGUGUUUUCUCCAGAUGAAAAAGCGAUUAUUUUUGAUCUCGUGAGAAAGCACAAAACCGUAAUCGAAAACAAAACAAAAAAAAACAGAUGCAGUUUCUUACAGAGAAAAAAAUUGUGUUUCGAACUCUUGAUCCCGACAAAAAUAAAACGGGCCUGCUAAAUUUCUUAUAUACCUUCGCGGAACUGGAUUUUCAUUUUUAAGAUCAUCAAAAAAUUCAAUAACCUCGUCAAUGUGAUUUGGAAAUUCAUCCAAAUCUUCUGCCAUCGCUACAAAACACGUGUCUGAUGCACACUUUGCGGGCGAAACGAUUUCUUUAAAAACGCAUAUUUAAUUCCAAACCAUAUUUUACAUAUCUGCCAUAUGACAAAAAUGUUUUAAACAAUUACAAACAUACAUAAACACGUUUUUAUGUGGGAAUUAUAUAUUAAAACCAUCAACUGCUCCGCCGAUUUUCAACUGAACAGGCAUUCGAAUGUGCUUCAGACCACAUUCACUUUCAAGUGGUUGGCUCUCCUUAUCCAACAGUCAACCAACCACUGAAAAACGUCUCUGCCGAGCAGCUUCAAUGGAAAAGCCUUUCGGUGUGUGGAUAACCGUCGAAAGAGCUCUCUGAAUUCGGCCCUAAAUCUCGGCCAUUUUUACAAUGGUAAUGUUUAAGUGUCAGAUAAUGUUACAUUAUAUCAGUGGUUCCCAACCUUUUUUUGAUCAGCGACCACUUAAAUUUCAUUAUUAUUAGCAGGGACCACAAGGUUAAAAAAUAAUCUGUAUCAAUAUAAAAAUAAACUUUAAGCCUAAUUGUUCAAUGUUAAUCGAAACGUUUAACAUAAGCAAUCUAAAAAACAAAAAUAAACAUUAAUUAACAGUGUUAUGAUUGAAAACAUAUAUUUAUAGUACACAAUUCAGUUUGCAUCAAUGAGAUUUUUGAGCUUGCAUCUUCGAUACAAGAUCUUGAAUUCUUGGGCUAAUACUUUUGCUCAAAGCUACACGCAUAUCAUCACUUAUUUCAGUCGAUUCCUGGAUUUGUUUUUAAUGAUCAGUAAUGAAGAAAAUACUUGUUCGCAUAAAUAAGUUGUUGAGAAAAGCAUAAGAUAGCGCAAAGCGAUUUCUCGAAUUUUAGUAUAUGAAAUUGCUUUCUUACACCAAAACGUCUCCAAAGAAUCAGAUUCAAAAGCGUCCUUACAGUUCCUGUCAUUUUGUAAUUCAAUACGUUCUUCUUGGAUUUCUUCUGCAACUUCUCUAGCGUUAGUGCCAAAAGGGUUGCGUAUCAGUUUUUUGUCCACAUUAGCUUCUGUAUUGUUAUAUUCUGGGAAGUAACGGUUGAAUUCGUCAACCAACAUUUGCAAAUGACAUUUGCUGUUUUUUUGUAUGCUUUCCCUAAACAUGACAUACUUUUUGUCAUCAAGGAGUGCCUUCAAUGUUGCAAACGCAUGUAAUUGCCCUCGCCAACUUGACUAAUCCAUAACUUAAGUUUGCAAAUAAAAGCACAAAGUUAAUCUUCAAAAUUAAAAAUAUUUGCAACGCCUUCUAAUUGCCUGUUUCCUGAACCUUGCAUUUGCAAGUUCAACUUAUUUAAGUGUGUAAAAAUAUCCACAAGAUAUGCCAAAUGCAUCUGGGAUGUCAAGAGUCUUGGAAGCUAACACCUGGCGAUGAAGGAUACAAUGCAAUGUUAAUGUUGACGAAUUCCUCUGUUUGAUUAACGUUGCUAGACCGGAAUGUGAUCCUAACAUCGCAGGAGCACCAUCCGUACAGAAACCUACUAGCUUUUCCCACAUAAUGCCAUAUUUCUGGAAAUAUCCAGUUAUUAUAUUCAUGACGUCGAUACCUCUUGAUGUCAUUUCCAGUUCCUGAGAAAGCAACAGUUCUUCUUUGAUUAUGUUGUCGUAGUCUAAAAAGCGGACAAAAACAAGUAACUGAGCACAAUUAGAAAUGUCAGUGGAUUCAUCGCACUGCAAAGCGAAGAAUGGCGACAUUUUAAUUCUUGAAACAAGUUGCUCCUCGAUAUCAUUUGACAUGAGUUCAAUUCUAGCUUUCAUCGUGUUCGACAAAGGUAUAUCUUGUAUAUUUUUUUUUUUUGCUUCUAACCCUAAAACGUCUUCGACGGCUUUGAUCAAACAAGGUUUCACAAGAGUUUCUCCUAUUGUGUGAGGCUUUUUUGAUUGUGCUAUUAAUUUCGAUAUCUCAAACGAUGCUACUAAUGUUUUUUCAGAUGAUGCAAACCUUGUACCACUAGGUCCGAAAUUCAUUUUUUUUAAAAUUCUCCAAUUUUCUUUGAAAGAACUCCAGUAGUCGGUCAGAAAAAUUUGGAUGAAUCGUUUCUAGGUGACGUUUUAAUUUCGCUGGCUUCAAGGCUUCGUUCGCGAGAACAGUUGCGCAUAUAACACAUUGUGGUUUUAUUUCUCCAUUACUUUCUAUCAAAGUAAAUCCAAAUUUAAUGUAACUAUUAUCAUAUUUUCUCUUAGGCGGCAUUUUCUGAAAACAAAACCAAAAUGAAAUAGAAUGUUCACUGUUAUGGUUAUAUUAUGUUUUAUGCCAAGUAAAAGAAUAAAAAUAAUUUAGCUAAAUUUUUUCAUAAUUCAUAAAAUAAAUCAUUCAAUAAAUAAAUAUAAACUGGCUUCCAAAAAAUUCUAACCUCGCUAUUAUUUUUUUUUACAAAUUUAAAUAUUUACUACACAAUUUAAAAAAUAAUGUUGUCUAAUUGUUAAAAACAAGGGUCUUGGUAGGUACUUUAAAUUUCCCUUAACCUUCUUGGUGCCAGCCUCAAAUUGUCUAAUUCUAUGACAGUUAUACUAAAAGUGCCAAGUCAUGUUUAAAUGAAUUACAUAUCUUGAGUUAAAUAUUAAUAUAUUUUUUACCUUUAAUAACUUUUUACCUUUAAUUACUUUUUUAUCUUUAAUAACUUUUUUACCUUUAAGUAUGGAAGUAUAAAUUUUUCACAUCUUAUAAAUAAAUUAUUCUUUGUCAUUUUUUAAGAUUUAAUAAAAACAUAUAAUGCAUUUUUUAUUUAUUUUAUUUUGAAGUUCUCGUGAAAAAGUUAUAUUAUUUUUAAUGGAUUGGCGUGUGAAUAGGGCAUGGUUAUCAAAGUAAUAUUCUUGGCACUAAGAAUUUCUUGGAAAAAUACAAUCACUACAACUAUUACAAAAAUGAUUUUCAACGCACAAUAAACAACAAUAAAGAAUAACUGGCAAUUUAUAAUAUCCAUGAAACUGCUUAUUAUUUUUUGAUAAAGCAACUUAAUAAUUUGUUUACCAGAAAUAUAUAAUUUUUGUAAAUAUUUGCAAAAUAAAUUUUUUAAGCAGGAACACAUACUUAUUAAGGAAAUAAUUAACACUUAUAAUUUACAAAAUAAUCAAAAGAUAAUUUUUUUUAAAUAAAAGUUUAAUUUCUCAAAACGGAAAGUUAAAUUAAAAACAAAGAAAUGUGCACAAACGCAGUACCCAUCUGUUUCACAUGCUGUUCGAAAACAGCAUGAAAACCCUGCUUUCUAUCAGGGAAGGAAGACAGAAGCGUGACAGCUCUGCUCUCUAUUUUGAGAAAAAGCAACUCAAUAGUAGGGCGAGUCAAACCGACAACGGUAGAGUGCACUGCAAGUGUCGUAAAUGCGUCUUUGAAAGAAAAAAAAAUUCAGGCCGAUUUUUUGAUCCUCCAAUUUUUCGUACGACACAGAAAAGGCGAUUUAUCCUACUUUGGCAUUAAAAGAGUUAACUGUGUUUUUAUUUUGUUAUGAAAAACAUAAAACAGCAUAAUAACAAUUCAACAAUUUUAUGAUAGCAUUUUUUAAGAAUUUUUGUGGCUGGCUCCACUUUUUAAUUUGGGAGACCAGUGUUCUUUAACUAUCUUAAUUUUUAAUUUCAUAUCGCAUUAUUUUAUUUAUUUAGGUUUUCAACUAACUGUACCUAACUGUUGUGAACAUUUGUAAUACACAAACACAAGAAUCAUACCUAUGUAAACUAACGUCCACAUUCUGUUUUGUAAUUGCAUGUUUUUAUUAAAAAAGUUUAACAGAGAAAAAUGUGUAGCCUCCUUACCCUGUUCAUAUUUUAUCAAAAUAUCCAUAAGAAUAUCGAGGAGUUACAGAUGUUGACCCACUAAACAGCUGAACAGAAACACUAACACAACACUGCUGAGCAAACAAAAGAAAACGUACGAUUGACUGACCAGCUUGCACCAUAAUGUUCAGUCAGUUGCUUGCCCUUCCCCCGGUUGACUGCGCGCCGCGCUCACUUUUGUUCACCGACGCGCGUUCAUUCAAAGUUCGAAAUCUUUCACGUACCAUAUUUUAGCUCUUGCGGACCACUGAUGGUCCGUGGACCACUGGUUGGGAACCACUGCAUUAUAUAAAAGUCCACUGUAAAUGGACCUUUACUUUUGCAGAUGUCAGAUAUUUUUCUUUCAUCUGUACUUGCUUAUACAGGCUUUCUUUACACCUUUGCUCGGUACUCAGUGAGAAGUACAUUUCUGGGCAGCCUGUACAUUAUCAAGUUUUAUUGUCCCUAAACAACUGAUAGCAUCUGGUUGUGAUAAAAUUGGAAAAA